AUGGUCUACGUGCGGCAGCACAACCUCCCGGCCUUGAAAGAGUACAAGUACUCUGCCGUGGAUCGGUCGCUCGUGUCGAAAUAUAUCCUCAAGCCUUUCUACACCAACUUUGUCAUCCAUUGCUUUCCAAUGAGCAUGGCGCCGAAUCUCAUCACCUUGACGGGAUUCUCGUUUGUCGUCCUCAACUUCUUGACCAUGCUGUGGUAUAACCCCACACUGGAUCAGGACUGCCCCAGCUGGGUGUACUACAGCUGGGCCAUUGGACUGUUGCUCUACCAGACUUUUGACGCUGUAGACGGUGCCCAAGCUCGACGAACCAAACAGUCCGGACCCCUCGGCGAACUCUUUGAUCACGGUGUCGAUGCCCUGAACACGACUCUGGAGGUGCUCAUUUUUGCCGCUUCCCAGAACAUGGGCCAAGGCUGGAAGACGGUAGCUACUUUGUUUGCUUCUCUUCUCACUUUCUAUGUUCAGACCUGGGACGAAUAUCACACCAAAACUCUGACUCUUGGCAUCGUCAAUGGACCCGUUGAGGGCGUGCUCAUUGUUGCCUCUGUCUUUGCCCUGACGGGCUUCAUGGGAGGCGCUCACAUCUGGCAGCAGAGUGCUCUGGGCGCCAUUGGUGUUCCCGCAUCGCUAGGCAUUCCCCAAUUCAUCUACGACCUCACAUUCACCGAGUGGUACAUGGUCCAGGGAACAAUUGUCCUGGUGCUCAACACUGUGGAGUCGUCUGUCAACGUUAUUCGUGCUCGACGCGCUCGCGGCGACCGAUCCCGAGGCGCCCUUCUUGGCCUUGGACCCUUCUUCGCCGUCUGGGCCCUGAUCGUUGCCUACCUCUAUCUGCAGCCAAACAUCCUCCACCACCACCUGAUUCCCUUUGCCCUGUUCGCUGGCCUCGUCAACGCUUACAGCGUCGGGCAGAUGAUUACCGCACACCUCACCAAGAUGCGCUUCCCCUACUGGAACAUCUUGGGCGUGCUGAUUGGCUUUGGCGUUGCCGAUUCAAUUGGCCCGGUCUUGCUGAACAACUAUGGCUUUGGCUGGCCCAGCUCUCUUGGCGACGGUGUGUACCAGACUGCCUUUGUUUUCCUGAUGCUCGGCACUGCUCUUGGAGUCUACGGAAGCUUUGUCGUGGAUGUCAUUGUUACCAUCUGUGACUACCUCGACAUCUGGUGCUUGACCAUUAAGCACCCUCACCACGAGGCGGCUGUCGUGAAGCCCAAUGGCAUCAAGAGCCACUAA